CCGGAGCAGAAGAUGGGAGGUCUCCGGAGCAGAAAAUGGGGGGUAUCCGGAGCAGAAAUGGGAGGGCCCCGGAGCAGGCUGCGUAUCGAUUUGGCGCGUCGUUGCAAAUCAUUCAUUGCGGCAUCAGGCCUAGGGCAUAGUGUCCACGAUACCGUCGCGCUGCGAUUUCUGAAUGACAACUGUUACGCACCCAUGGAUGAUCCGCUCUUUCGGAGACAGAGGAGUAAUGUUGUCAUAAGGAAUAUUCAUGAGGACUAUGACGCUGGAUGUAAUGGAUAUGCAAUGGACUAUCGGAUAGCGGAGCAGCAGCGGCUUUUUCGGGCUUCUUUGGGCUUCUUACCUCAUAAAGCGAUAUACUUACCUGGCGAGGAAUUUCAAGCAACACAUCCCACUCGUCAGCUUUCAUCACAACUAACACUGGAAACUUCCAUAGAUUUUAGAUGUUCUAUUACAACCUUUAUGCCCAUGUACAUAUCUAAUUUUACCGUUUUGUCUCCCAUGAUGAUCGGUUUCAAAAAUGAGCUUUCCUCAUUGGGAACUAUUGUCAACGAUGCUGCCAAAGCAUGUCUAACAAUUUAUCUCACCAAAGGUUCAUCUGAAAUGUAUACAAAGCUUCCAAACUCUGGCCGAAAUACAGUUGUUAUGAAUUUUGGAGACCCAUUUAUCACAAGAAACUCUGCCAUAGUAGUGCAGCGGUUUGACAAGCUCAUUCCUAGUCACGCAAUAUCUGAUACAUUCAAUCUGCUUUUGCAUGGAAGGAUAUGCCUAGCUUACUGCCCUACUCUAGAAAGGCACCUCGACUGCUUCUGGGAGCCAUCACAGCUUUCAUGCGUUUAUUCCAUGCACCUACAGCGUACCUAA